AUGUCUGUCAACGGGACUUUGUUUGAACAAUCUUUCAACUUGAAGGGUGGUUAUGACUACAUGCACACUGUCUCUGCCCCAGAGAUCAAGCUGACUCCUCGUGAGGACUUGACCUCUUACUGUUCUGACGGUAUCCUUGCCCUGGCUGCUCCAGUUAUUGCCUACUGGGCUCAGUCCGCUUUUUUCCACAUUAUCGAUGUGUUCCAUUUGGCUGAGAAGUACAGAAUCCACCCAAGUGAGGAGAUCGAGAAGCGUAACAGAGCCACCAGACUACAGGUCUUGCGUGAAGUCAUCUUCCAACACAUUGUGCAAACCGUCGUUGGCCUAAUCUUCUUGAAGUUCGCUGACGAGUCCGUCACCGGUUUCGAACAAAAUGAGAUGUGGCACUGGAGACAGCAAGCUCCAGGUUUCAUUCCAGAUGCUGCUGUCUACUACGCUUACAUGUACGGUGUCUCCUUGAUCAAGCUGUCCCUAGGUUUCUUGUUCAUCGACACCUGGCAAUACUUCUGGCAUAGAGUCAUGCACUUGUCCCCAUUCAUGUACAAGUACUUCCACUCUAUCCACCACGAACUUUACGUCCCAUACGCUUACGGUGCUCUGUUCAACAACCCAGUCGAAGGUUUCAUCCUAGACACCUUGGGAACUGGUAUCGCUAUGUUCCUAACAGGCUUGACCCACAGAGAAGAAGCCGUCUUGUUCACCUUCGCUACCAUGAAGACCAUCGACGACCACUGUGGUUACGCUUUGCCAUUCGACCCAUUCCAAAUCGUCUUCCCAAACAACGCUGUCUACCACGAUAUUCACCACCAGCAAUUCGGUCUAAAGACCAACUUUGCUCAACCUUUCUUCACCUUCUGGGACAACUUGUUCGGUACCAACUUCAAGGGCUUUGAAGAGUACCAGAAGAAGCAAAGAAGAGUCACCAUUGACAAGUACAAGGAGUUCUUGGCCAAGAGAGAAGCUGAAAAGCUUGAGAAGAUCAAGAACUUCUCCAAGAAGAACGAGAACAAGAAGGAGAAAUAA